CCACCUCAUUCCCCUCACGGCUUCGCGCAUGCGCGUUGCGCCCGCCCUUCCCCUCACCGCUUCUCUACCGCUUCCCGUCGCCUCUUUCGUCCCGCUCCCUCCGGUUCCUCUCCGGGCGCCCCGGUGUGCUCGCGAGUCCUUUUUUUAUUCGGACCUACAGAAACCCACCAUGGGCCGUUCCUCCAAGGAUAAGCGCGAUAUCUAUUACCGCCUGGCCAAGGAGGAGGGAUGGCGCGCCCGCAGCGCCUUCAAGCUGCUCCAGCUCGACCAGCGCUUCCAGCUCUUUCAGGGCGUGCAACGCGCCGUGGAUCUCUGCGCGGCCCCCGGGAGCUGGAGCCAGGUGCUGAGCCGCAAGCUGAGGGGGGCCCCGGGGUCCCCGGUGCAGGUGGUGGCGGUGGAUCUCCAGGCCAUGGCCCCCCUCCCGGGGGUGCUGCAGAUCCAGGGGGACAUCACCAAGGUCUCCACGGCCCAGGAGAUCCAACGCCACUUCGAGGGGCAGCCGGCCGACCUGGUGGUCUGCGACGGGGCCCCUGAUGUGACGGGGCUGCAUGACCUGGACGAAUACAUCCAAGCUCAGCUACUGUUGGCGGCGCUGAACAUCACCACCCACGUCUUGAAAAAAGGGGGCACCUUUGUGGCUAAAAUUUUCCGGGGAAAGGAGGUGACGCUGCUCUACGCCCAACUGCGCCUCUUCUUCCCCGACGUCACCUGCGCCAAGCCCCGCAGCAGCCGCAACUCCAGCAUCGAGGCUUUCGUCGUCUGCCGUGGUUACAGCCCCCCCGAAGGCUACGUCCCCACCAUGGACAACCCCCUGCUUGACCCCGAUGCUGGCCUGGCCCUGUCCCAGCUCUCGGGCCCCUCGCGGGUGAUCGUCCCCUUCGUGGCCUGCGGCGACCUGAGCGCCUACGACCCCGACCGCACCUACCCCCUGCAGCUGGCCCCGGAGAAGCCCUACAGCUACGUGCCCCCCCCCGCGCCCCCCAUCGCCCCCCCCUACGCCCGGGCGUGCUUCCUGCGCCGCCACCAGCGGCUGGCGGGAGGGCGGGGGCCCUCGUGCGAGGAGGAGGAGGGAGCCUUGUGCGAGGAAGGACCCUCGUGCGAGGAGGAGGAGGGAGCCUUGUGCAAGGAAGGACCCUCGUGCGAGGAGGAGGAGGGACCCUUGUGUGAGGAAGGACCCUUGUGCGAGGAGGGGGAGGGACCCUCGUGCGAGGAGACACGCGUGCAAGCCCCCUCGUGUGAGGAAGAGGAAGCCCCCCUGUGCAAGGAAGGCCCCUCCCGUGCCGAGGUGAGCGUGCGAGGCCCCGCGUGCGAGGAGGAGGAGGAAGGCCCCUCGUGCGAGGACCUGUGUCGCCUCAGCCUCUUGGGUUGAGAGACCCGUGCGAGGCCGUCCCCUCGUGCAAACCCUCGCACACGCGCGUGCGACACCCCCCCCUCCAAUAAACACCCCCCCCCCCUUUUUUACUCCACCCA